UGAUCUUAAGAGAAGAGCAUUCUCUAUUUCACCAUUAAAGUUCUAAUUCUUUAAUACAUGAUGUUCCUGAGAAAGAUCUUAGACCAAAAAAAGACACAGAUGUGACUUCUGAAAGUGACUGUGGAAACAGGAAAAAAUGCAAUAGAAAAAUUCCUCGAAGAUCAAAAAUCCCAUAUUAUUCCAGAACUGUUCGCACAGUUAAGCAUCAUAGUAGAAAUAACAACCCUUUUAUAAGUUCUAAUCGGAAAAUGAAACAACCUUUCUUCAAAGAAUUGUAUGUAAGAUCACCUUUAGCAAACUGUAAUAUAUUAGAAGAAUCAGAAGAGCAGAAGACUGAAAUAAUUAAAGUAAACAACAGUAGCUCAGAAGACACCACUUACCGGACACUUGUUGAACAACUAGACCAAGAGAGAGAGAAGAGAUGGAAAGCUGAACAAUCUGAAAAGAAACUUAUGGAUUAUAUCGAUAAACUGCAUAAACAUACAUAUGAGAAAAAAGAUAUUCACAGUCUGGCUGUAGUUUCCAUAGAUAGGCUAAAGGAAAUUAUUUUUUUUAAAGAGAGAAAUUCGAAAGUACAACUGGAAGUUAUGGUUCACAAACUUCAAAAUGAAAUAAAAAAACUAACUAUUGAAUUAAUUAAAGCAAGUGAUGAGCAAGAGGAUCACAUUAGUCACUUACAAACUCUAGAAAAAGCAUUAGAAAAAAUGGAGAGGCAAAAAGGGCAACAGCAAGCAGCACAGAUGCGACUUAUUCAAGAGGUGGAACUCAAAGCUGCCGCUGCUGAUGCAGAAAUAAACUUACUUAAAACUUCCCUUUAUGAAGAAAAGGAACAAGUACAACAGCUUCAUGAACAACUUGCAUUGAAGGAACAAGAACACAGGAAAGAAAUUGAAAGAAAGGGGUUUUUUAGUGAUGCUGAGUUCCAGGAAGCCUUAGCUAAAGAAAUAGCUAAACAAGAGCGAAAGAAUGAGCAAGAUAUAAAAGAAUAUCAAGAAAAAAUUGAUGCAUUAAACCAACAGCUUAUGGAUUUAGAAAAUGAGUUCCGUUUUGCUUUAACCAUUGAAGCCAGAAGAUUUAAAGAUGUUAAAGAUGGUUUUGAAAAUGUUGCAACUGAGUUAGCAAAGAGCAAGCAUGCUCUUACUUCAGCUCAACAAAAAGAAAAUGAGUCUUCUUCUUUAAUUAAAGAUCUGACCUGUAUGGUGAAGGAACAAAAAACAAAACUUGCACAAGUUUCCAAAUUGAAACAGAAAACAGCAGCAAAUUUACAGCAUCAAAUCAAUACCCUUGAAAUUUUGAUCGAAGAUGACAAGCAGAAGAGUAUUCAAAUAGAACUGCUCAAGCAUGAAAAAGUCCAGCUUAUUUCUGAGCUAGCAGCCAAGGAAUCACUAAUUUAUGGUUUAAGAACAGAAAGAAAAGUAUUGGGACUUGAGCUGGCACAACAGGGAUCUUCAAUAGCCCAAAACCGUGGGCAACUAGAGGCUCAAAUUGAAAGUUUACGCAAAGAGAAUGAGUCUCUGAGAAAGGCAAGUGAACGUGAUAAUGAUACAUUAAGAAUUAAGUGCAAAAUUAUAGAAGACCAAACAGAAACAAUUGGAAAAUUAAGAGUCUGACGGGAAAGAGAGGAACAAAUCAAAAUAUUACAAGAAAAGAUCACUGAAAUACAAAAAUGUACUCAAGAACAACUUGAUGAAAAAUCCUUACAACUGGGUGACAUAAUUGAAAAACUAGAAAGACACAGUGAAAGAAGAGAAAAACUAAAACAGCAAUUGAAAGUAAAGGAAUUAGAACUUGAAGAAAUUAGAAAAGCUUACAGUACACUUAAUCAGAAGUGGCACGAUAAAGGAGAACUUCUAUGUCAUCUUGAAAUGCAAGUAAAAGAAGUGAAAGAAAAAUUUGAAAACAAGGAAAGGAAACUUAAGGCCGAAAGAGACAAAAGUAUUGAAUUACAAAAGGAUGCAAUGGAAAAGCUUCAUAGUAUGGAAGAUGCCUUUAAAAAACAAGUUGAUGCAAUUAUUGAGGCUCAUCAAGUUGAAAUAAUACAUCUGGCAAAUGAUAAGCAGAAAUGUAUUGAUUCUGCAAAUUUAAAGGUAUAUCAAGUUGAAGAAGAAAUGCGUGGUCUUCUGGAAGAAACAUGUAAGAACAAAAAAGCAAUGGAAGAAAAAAUUAAGCAACUUGCUUUUGCUUUAAGUGAAAUUCAGCAAGAAAUGUGAUGGUUCUGAGAAUGAAUUAAAUUGAAAUAGACCAGACAUACUGUAAAAAUGAUUAAAUACUUUAAUAGUAGGAACUGCUACAUUUUUGAAAUAUCUCUUUCUACACAUUUCAUUCUGAUUUUAUUUUUAAAAAGGCUUUUGAUCAAGUAUUUAUUGUAUAUGCAGGUUUUUAUAAUAAAUUGUUGAAAUAGUGUUUAUUAGAAAUCCCUAUCAAAAUAA